CAGCGUGUGCCGGUAAAGGAACUCAGUGGAGCGACUUCACCAAGGCGCAAAGGCACCCACGGGCCAGUCCACCUGUGGGAUGAGUUAACGGUGAGGUUCAGACAGUGUGGAUGUUCAAAGCCGUGUCGUGCGUCCUACCGCUCAGCUGACACAUACUAGGAGCUGAGUGUAGUUUAUUUAAAAAAAAAAAAAAAAAAAAGUAAAGAAAAUAUUUUUUUAAGUGUUGAGGUUUCUGUGAGUGCGUCCUGCGUCUUUGUUCUGCGGGUUUGGAUCCGACGCACCGACUUGUUGUUGAGCUCUUCAGGGGCCCUCGGCUGUUGUGUUGCGUGUCCGACAUUCAAGUCAGCGACAGGACUUAAAAGCCUGCAGACAGGAUGAUGUCCUACAUAAAGCAACCACAUUACACCAUGAACGGGUUAAAUUUGCCUGCCCCCGGAAUGGAUGUGCUACACACGACCGUCGCUUAUCCAUCCACUCCCCGGAAGCAGCGUAGGGAGCGCACCACCUUCACCCGAACACAGCUGGACAUCCUGGAGGCACUUUUCUCCAAGACCCGCUACCCAGACAUCUUCAUGAGGGAGGAGGUGGCCCUGAAGAUCAACCUGCCCGAGUCACGUGUGCAGGUUUGGUUUAAGAACCGCCGUGCCAAGUGUCGUCAGCAGCAGCAGCAGAGCACUGGCCAGUCCAAGCCCCGCCCCCCCAAGAAGAAGGCCUCCCCAGCUCAAGAACCCAACGCCCCUGAUCCAGUUCCAAACCCAUCUGGCUCCUACAGCCCCUCCUCCGCCCAGUCUGGCCCCACCCUGGCCCCAAGCUCCAGCACUGGGAACACUGCCGUUUCCAUCUGGAGCCCGGCCAUCUCGCCCCUCCCCGACCCCCUGGCCUCGUCCUCAGCCCCCUGCAUGCAGCGGCCCUCACCGUACCCCAUGAGCUACGGUCAGCCAUCAGCCUACACCCAGGGCUACGCCAGCACCACCUCCUACUUCACCGGCCUGGACUGCAGCGCCUACCUGUCCCCGAUGCACUCGCAGCUGUCGGGCAACGGCGGCGCCCUCAGCCCCAUCACCGUGCCCUCCAUGGGGGGGUCCCUGAGCCAAUCCCCCGCCUCGCUGUCUUCGCAGGGCUACAGCACCGCCUCCUCCCUGGGCUUCACCUCUGUUGACUGCCUUGACUACAAGGACCAGCAGGCCUGGAAACUGGGCUUCACCACAAUGGACUGCCUGGACCACAAAGACCAAAACUCCUGGAAGUUCCAGGUCCUUUAAAGAGCAGGAGAGUGAGGCGUUCAUGUGUCAGGAUGAGUUUGCUGUGAGAUAAUGUGAAGCAGUUCUGCCAGAGGACUUAUUACCUUUGAUUUUGAGUUUCUUGUUUGUAAGAUUUCAUUUUGAUUUUCUAAAGGUGUAGAAAUGUGUUUUUCUUUGAUGAUUCUGGAGACGAGGGGACCGGCGACCACCAUCGAAGCUGCCUGACUGCAAAACCUGUUUGUUAAAGGAGAGAAUAAAAAGCCUUCAAAAAGUUUGUAAAGACUUGCGUCCUAUUGGUGGACACACACUGAGCCAUCCCUCCUUUGGACAUGUGACCCGACCACAUGGACAGUACAUUUGCUCAUAUUGUUUUAAACUUGCAUUGUUAUAGAAAGGAAGGAGAGCUGCUUUAACAGGAAGGAGCCCUGAAGUCCCAUAGGCCACUUCCUCCUUCUGGGUUUAUUUAUUUUUAGCUAUUUAUUAUAUUAUUUAUGCUGAUUUAAUCAUGUAAUUUGGUUGCAUCUAUAGAUAUUUUUUUGUGUUCCUUAUUGUAGCGUUAGCCUUUAGUGUUAUCAGCCCAUUUUGUUUGAUGGAACAUUUAGACCUUCUGUUUUAGUUGUGUGACAUAUUAAAGUUAUCUAUUCUUUUCACUUUGUGUAAUCAUUGGGGUUGAUUAUACUUAGUUUUUGUUUACAAGCAGUAUCGGGAAGGUUAUUUUAAUGUAGAAUGCAGAUAACUAGUUGCCAUGUUAAAAGGAUUAGUAAUGUUGCCAUUUAAGUUGCUUCAUCCACUUUCCUAGAAAUGUUUCACACAGGUCAGAUAAUUACAAGAGCUAACAGAGUGAAAUUUACGUAUUUACAUGUUUCCUGUAAAAAGUGGAAUCUAGGAUGUCCCAUCAUCUGAGAGUCUGAUCUGAUUGGUCGAUUCACAACGUACCAAUGUGUUUGAUUGGACGUAUGCAAAUGUCCCAGCAUGCCCCAAAGUACAGGACGAACCUUCAGAUGUUCCUUUUUUUUACACUUUCAAGGAACUGACAACUCUGAAAUACCUGAAAAAUAAUGCACUGAAAAAUGUAUUAAAACAAGAGACUUGAGACUUAAGCCAACACUGUGAUGUAAUAUUAGAGCUGUUUUUGGUGUUAGAGAGAAAAUAUGUCGGACUUUCCUGCAGUGAAAGGUGUUGGAAACCAUGGUCACCAACAUCUGUAGUGGUUGGCUAAUACAAACAUACCGACUUUUUACCAAAAAUAACAUAUACAGAUGGAAACUCAUUGAUUCUAAACUGGAAUUAAACAUGCUUUUUGUCAA